AAUUAAUAUUUAAUUUCAUUUUCAGAUAAUACUACAAUGGUUAUUGUAGUAAAAGCUUUCUUAGAACAGGAUGACGAUUGUAAAUCGGAAAUCCGAAGAUUCCUGGCAAAUGAGGAAAUGUGUCAGAAUUUCGCACUUCUUCAUGACAAAAUUCUUUCACUCUUUUCAACAUUAUCUGGAAAAGAAUUUGCUCUUAAGUGGAAAGAUACUGAAGGUGAUUUAAUUAUAAUGUCAAGUGAUGAAGAGUUGAUGCAAGCAAUUUCAAAUGCAGAAAAUGGUCUUUUAAGAGUUUAUAUCAUGGUUUUAAAUACAAAAAAUCAAAAGCCACCAAAAUCAUCUUCAGUUGGUGAAUUGCAUUUUGGUGUCGUUUGCGAUGGUUGUAAUGGAGAAGUUAGAGGGGCAAGAUAUAAAUGUUUGCAAUGUGAUGAUUAUGAUUUGUGUAAUAGUUGUCAUCUAAAGGAUAUUCAUCCCAAUCAUGAUAUGCUGAAAUUAUGUACUUCUGUUUCGCAUGAUCAUUGGUGGGGAUUUCCUCGAUGGCGACGAGUUUGGCGUCACGUGUUUGGCAAACCUUCUGAAAGAGGACACUUUGGUGGAUUUGACAGUGAAGAAUUUUGUCCACGUUCACAUUAUAAGGGUAAAUCUCAUCACAAGACUUACAAUGCUAAAAAUGAUAAAAAACAAAGUUUUGAUGAUUUGCAUCAUGAUGAAGAAGUUUCUGAAAAAACAAAAGAAUUUAUUAAAAAUGUUGUUGACACAGUUGGUGCUGUAUUAGAUCCUUUAGGAAUCCAAUUAAAUAUAGAUAUUAUAAAUGGUAAUGACAAACAAGAAUCUCCAAAGGAGAAUAUUGCUACUGAACCAAAUUCUUCACCUAAAAAAAAUCAAAAUGUUGAUGUUACAGAAGAACAGCUACAACAGAAUAAUGACAAAGCAUCGCCACCUCAAGAAAAUAAUUCUACUAAAGUGAAAACAGUUAUGAAUGAAACAGCUGCAACAUCAGAAUCUUCUGCAGUACCAUCUGCACCCCUUCCAGAAAAUGAACCUUCGGCUGGAGAUGAAACUACCACUAGUGUUAAUGAAAGGGAAACACCUGAAGCAGAGAAUGAAUGGACUGUGGUUAGUGAUGGAGACAUUGGAAACAAUCAUAAAACAUCAAUUCCAGAAGGGGCUCAAGCUGCAGCUAUUGAAGGGACAUCAAGUACAUAUCUAAAAGUUUCUCCUGAAGAUUUACAUCCAGAUCCAAAAGUUGCUAUUGCUCUCAGUCAAAUGCUGAAUAUGGGAUUUACUAAUGAAGGAGGUUGGCUUGCCUGUCUUCUAGAAUCAAAGAAUGGUAACAUCAGUGCUGUGCUGGACGCUCUGAAUCCUUCAGUGAAGUAAUUUUGUCAUAUUUAAAAACAAAUUUAAUAUAUUAAAACAUUUACUGUUAUAGUUAAAAUUAAUAGGAAUUAUUCAUGUUAAUAGACACAAAAAGUAUAUUACUUGUAAUUUUAAAAAGUAGUUUGCUGUUCAAAUCAGUGGCAAAACUUGCAUAUAUUCUUGUGUAGUGAAAUUAUUUUACUCUGGUAUAUCAAAAAUAUAUUCGUUUUUAGAAGUGACUUUUGGUAAAUUAUUUACAUGUAAUUUUACAUUCUAAAUGAUUUAUGUUCAAUACAUUUGAAUAUAUAUAUAAUGUAUACAGUCUAGUAGUAUUUGUAUAAUGUAUUUAAGUUGUUAAAUAAAAAUUCAAAUAUCCUGCAAAAAAAAUUUUGC